CGGCGGAAGUAGGCUCGCGUCACGUGUCGCGCCGGGGGAGCGGCGUAGGUCUCGAGAAGGGAAGUAGGUCCUACGGCGGCUCCGCUCGGCUCGGCUGCUGGGCGAGGUGGCGGGCGGGGGUUUGCCGCCGGUGGAGGCCGCCGCGGGGCGCCCGGAAGAUGUUACCAAGUACUUCAGCGAGCUCCCCGCUGCAGGGGAACGGAGCCCUGAAUUCCAGGGAUGCAGCGAGACACACGGCGGGGGCGAAGCGCUACAAAUACCUGAGGAGGCUUUUCCGUUUCCGGCAAAUGGACUUCGAGUUUGCUGGCUGGCAGAUGCUCUACCUGUUCACUUCCCCGCAGAGGGUCUACAGGAACUUUCAUUACCGAAAGCAGACGAAGGAUCAGUGGGCUAGAGACGACCCGGCUUUCUUGGUGCUGCUAAGUGUCUGGCUGUGCGUGUCCACUGUAGGAUUUGGCUUUGUGCUGGACAUGGGAUUUUUUAAGAUGAUAAAGCUGCUCCUUUGGGUUGUGUUCAUAGAUUGUGUGGGCGUUGGUCUUCUCAUCUCAACUCUAAUGUGGUUUAUCUCUAACAAGUAUUUAGUUAAACGGCAGAGCAGAGACUAUGAUGUGGAGUGGGGCUAUGCCUUUGAUGUGCAUUUGAAUGCUUUUUAUCCUCUCCUAGUAAUUCUACAUUUCAUCCAACUGUUUUUCAUCAAUCAUGUCAUCCUAACAGACACAUUUAUUGGAUAUUUGGUUGGAAAUACCUUCUGGUUGAUUGCUAUUGGCUAUUACAUCUAUAUAACCUUCCUGGGAUACAGUGCAUUGCCAUUUUUGAAAAAUACAGUGAUUCUUCUCUAUCCAUUUGCUCCCCUCGUUCUGCUGUACGGGCUGUCACUAGCACUAGGAUGGAACUUCACCCACGCACUAUGUUCUUUCUACAAGUACAGAGUGAAGUGAAAAAAAGUGAGACUGUUACCUCUUAACUGUGUCAACAGUAUUGGUGAAGUGAUUUCUUAUGAAACUUGUAAAUAAACUCUUAUUGUAGAUA